AUGGCAGAGUACAUCUUCGCCGAACGAAACGGGAUUUAUAUUAUUGAUUUGCAAAAGACGCUACGGUUGCUCGAAACCGCCGUUGAUUUCGUUGAAGAGAUCGCUUCGGACGGGGGUGGCGUGUUAUUUGUCGGCACAAAACGGCAAUCCCAAGAAGCCGUGCGAGGCGAGGCGGUUCGAUGUGGGAUGUACCAUGUAAAUCAUCGUUGGCUCGGUGGUAUGCUGACGAAUUUCCAAACCGUCCGUCGGAGCGUUAGCCGGUUGGAUCAACUGGAUGCUGAUGAAACCAACGGGAUUUUCGAUCAGAUGCCGAAAAAAGAGGUAAUACGCCUGCGGCGUGACAAGGGUAAACUGGACAACAACCUUAGCGGUGUCAGAGAGAUGAAAAAACUCCCUGAUGUAGUUAUUGUUACCGAUACACGCAAAGAGCAUACGGCUAUCGCAGAGGCAAACAAACUUGGCAUUCCGAUUAUCGCUAUCGUUGAUACCAACUGCGACCCGGAUCCGAUCGAUUUGCCGGUUCCGGGUAACGAUGAUGCUAUCCGUUCGAUUCGUCUUAUCUGCACUGUGUUAGCUGAGGCAGUAGUUAGAGGCAGAGGAGAGGCAUUGGAAGGUGCAGAAGUCGCAACCGAAUCAGGGCAAGCCGAAGGAGCCGUGGCAGAAGUAGAUGCUAUACUGAAAGUGGAAAAGCACGAGGAAGAAAGUGUCGCCAUUCUGGAACAAGCGAAACUGUCCGCAGAGCCAGAGGCGAUUGGCGAUGGGGAACAGCAACCGCGUCAGCCACGUGCGCCACGUCAACGACGGAGAGGGAGAGCACCUCGGCGACCGUCUCAAUAA